AUGAAUUACAGCGACGUGCAAAAUGUCUCAAAUGUCACCAAUUCAGGCAAGCUGAUGCACAGUGCAGCCAUCAACACCUUCGCUGCUGUGGUGGGAUGGAUGUACUUCGCCGCCUGGACUUUAUCUUUCUACCCUCAAGUGUACACAAACUGGAGGCGGAAAAGUGUCGUUGGCCUUAGCUUCGACUUUGUUGUGUUCAACAUCACUGGAUUUGUGGCCUACUCUUGUUACAAUGUCGGUUUGUUCUGGAUUCCGUCAGUGCGGGAGGAGUAUUUCCAAGACCACCCAGACGGAGUGAGUCCAGUACAAGUGAAUGACGUAUUCUUUGCACUCCACGCGGUGACCAUCACAUCCGUUGUCAUAGUGCAAUGCUUUAUAUACGAGAGAGGCAGUCAAAAGGUCACCAAAGUGUGCAAAGGGUUCAUGACACUGGUGACGUUGUUUGUGGGCAUCACACUGAUCAUCGCCAUCGUCGGAAGCAUCACCUGGCUGACCUUCCUCUACAUGUUCUCCUACAUUAAACUGGUGGUCACCGUGCUCAAGUACGUUCCUCAGGCAUAUUUGAACUUCCGAAGAAAGAGCACAGUCGGCUGGAGUAUAGGGAACGUUCUCUGCGACUUCAUCGGAGGCUGGCUUAGUAUACUGCAGAUGUUCCUGCUGGCUUACAACGGAGAUGACUGGGAGUCCAUAUUUGGCAACGUGACAAAAUUUGGCCUCGGCGUGGUCACCAUAUUUUUCGACACACUGUUUAUCAUCCAGCAUUACUGUUUAUACCGAAACAAGAGCGACUACGAGACCCUCAAAGACGAAGAGAUAUCAGUUUCGAAGCCUGACUCCAACGAUUCCAUCGGCCUCAGCAAGUCUGAGCAAGGCCUCUUUAGAGGGUGGAGUUCAAAACCUGUGAUACAUACUAAUUAG